AUGGGCAUGUUACCCUAUGGCGAGCGCCACCGCGUUCAGCGCAAGAAUAUGAGCCGCAUUCUCGGUUCCAAGCCGGCUGCAUCGCAGUACAACGCCUUGCAAGAGGCCGAAGUCGGCCAUUUCCUGCUUCACCUGUUGGAUGAACCUGAAAAUUUGGUCAAACACAUCAAAAGGGAGGCAGGCUCGCUGAUUCUGAAGAUUACUUAUGGGUACACUGCCGAAUCAUUCAAACAGGACCCCUUGAUUGAAAUGAUUGACGAAAUGAUGGACAACUUUGGCAAAGGAGCCGUCCCAGGCGCAUUUUUAGUCGACAUCUUUCCCUUCCUUCGGUACCUACCCGACUGGCUUCCCGGGACUGGAUUCAAGCAAACUGCCAAACAGUGGAGAGCUCAGUUCCACGAGACCAGAGAUAAGCCGUUUGCUUUUGUAGAGCAUCAGAUGGCGCAGGGCAAAGACAACGAAUCUUUCCUUGCGCACCUCCUCGAAUCAUCGGACCCCUCGCCAAUAAACGUCUUCGACAGCAAAUACUCGGCGAUUGGUGUGUACGCCGGUGGCGCCGACACGACUGUGUCCUCCGUCGCAUCCUUUUUCCUGGCCAUGAUGGUGUAUCCCGAAGCCCAGCAGAAUGCUCAAGCGGAGAUCGACAGAGUUGUGGGACAAGACCGGUUGCCCAACGUUCAGGAUCGUGAGAGUCUGCCGUACAUCGAGGCACUGGUAAAGGAAGUGAUGCGCUGGCACCCGAUCGGGCCCAUGGGGCUCCCCCACUCCAGCACAGAAGACGACAUUUUCGAGGGCUACUUCAUUCCGAAGGGCGCUAUGGUGUUCCCGAACAUCUGGCAUUUCACCCACGACCCCGAGAGAUAUCACGACCCCAUGACCUUCAAGCCGGAGCGUUUCCUCGCCAGCGAGGGCUACGAGCCCGAGAUGGACCCCCACAAGUUCGUCUUCGGCUUCGGUCGCCGUAUCUGCCCCGGACGCAUCCUUGCCGACAACUCCAUCUAUCUCAACGUGGUCCAAAUUCUCGCUGUAUACAGCCUCAGCAAGCCAGUCCGCGAUGGGAGGGUUGUCGAACCGGAUAUCAAAUUCAACCCAGGCGUGGUCAGCCACCCGGCGCCGUUCGAUAUCUCCAUCAAACCACGGUCCGCGCAUCACGAGAAACUGAUUCGCGCGAUCGAAGAGACGUACCCGUGGCAGCAGAGCGAUGCCAAGACACUGGAGAAGAUCCAGGUUUGA